AAAAAUCAGAAAGUACCUGUUUGCGUUUUAAACCACAUGGAAAUCAUCCGUGAGCAACCAUAUAAUUUGAUUUGCUAAGCAAUCUGCGAGGCGAUUGCACAUCAUUUAUAAUGUUCAUUGAGCAUUUUGCUUAAUUGUGUCUCUUUUUGUCAAGGAAGCACAGCCCCCUCCCGGCUGCGGCCGGCACAAGUGGCCAGAUUCCCAUGGACCCGCAGACAACCGCCGGCCCUGCGCGGGGCUUUUCCCAAGCGGAGCCGUCACCACACGCACGUCUGGGGGGCGCGAGAAGGGCUCAGGUACGAGCUCGCUGUCCGAACCCGUUCUGCUCACAACCUGCAGCUUCGGCCGGUGCUGCCCGUCCAGGCUGCCGGAUGCCUGUCUCCCCUCUCGCUGGGGCGGUGCGUCCCUCGGGUGGUUCUGCAGGUGCGGGACAGGCUCAGCGGCACCGAUGCCGGGAGCGAGGCUGCUUCCCCUUGCCAAGCUCGGGAGAGGGGCUCAGGGAGGACACCUGAAAGUAGCACCAGAAGGAGAGGACAGACCUUUGAUGCAUGACUUUGCUGAAGUCCCCCCAUCCUGUCCCCCUUCAGGUGCUUUGCAGUAGCUGGUCGCGCUUCCGCACGCCGAGCAACCUGCAAAGAGACGCGUUUAGUGGGGUGAGCCCCUCGCAGCCGGCAACCUCCUGCCUUGGCGUGGCGGGCGAGGUUCAGGCCCCUUCAAGCAGCGGGAGGCGAAGCCGAACGUGCCUGAGCCCUCUGGGAGCGGGACUGGGGCUGGCAGCCCCUGCGCUCCGGCGGAGCGAAGCCGGCAGCCCGCCCGCCGCUCGCCCGCACCUUUUGCCGGCCGCGGCCGCCCAGCCGCACCAUAUAAUUUGAUUUUCCCCCGUGCCCGUAGAUCGAUUGCAGCUCAUUUGUUACAUUCAGCGGCUUCUCGGGGAGGGAGAGCGGGGGAGAAGGGCGGGCCGGGGGAGCCGGCGGCACAAGUGUUGGGAUUCCCAUGGGCUGUGCCUGCUCUCCAGCUUGCCGCCCUGGCACCCCGGCCCGAGCGGCCGACAGAGGGGGGUUUGUAGACACGGUGACCUCCGCGAUCUCGGCUUGAAAGAGCCUGAAAGGAGGCUGUUUAUGCUGCAUUACCAGGCCAGCGCCCAGGUACCAGCUCGGAGGGGAGUGCACACAGCCGAGCCGACCCCGGCUGCAGGUGCCUCCCACUCCGUCGGGCGUGCGAGGUCCCGGGGCCGCCCCGCCGCCUUUGUGGGGCCGCCGCCGCGCCGCGCUCGCUCCGGCAGCGAUGCCGAGGGGGCAGCGCUUCUCCCCCCCUUAUUGAUGGGUCCCACGUGGCCGCGGGGGAAGGGGAGGGAUCGCCGCGGACAGGUCUGCUCCUUCCGCACCCCCCAACGAGUCCCUGCUCCGGGGGUGCCGCCCGCAGGGCCGCACGGGUCCCGGGCACCUGCUUCCGGGGGCCAGGGGUGCUACAGGGCACAACCCGGAGGCGAUGAAGGCUGGUGGGGCUUUGCUGGCCCGCGGGAAGCAAAAGAGCUCCCGCAGGCGUCUCUGCAAAGCAGGCUUCGGGCUCCGGUGCCUGGCAGCGCGCAGACCUGCCCGGGGUCAGGCGUGCGGUGGGACAACCUGAAGCCCCAGGAAGGCGUGCGGGUCUUCACCCCUCGCCUUCAGAGCAGGAAAGUUGUAUAAAAGUGUACUAGCAGGAAACACACAAUCCCCAACGUUGCACUGAGCAAAGCUUAGUUUAAAUUACGCUUUUCCAAUAGUAAACUGACCUGAGAAGACGCUAUAUUUUUCAAUUCAAUAACGUACCAUUUGAAAUCAGGAGUCGCAAUACGGUUUGGUUUUUGUUUUUGGUUUUGGUUUUUUAAUCCUUCCCUGGUAAAAUAUCGUUUACAUAGAUGUUGGCCCAACAACGAAUUCGUCUUUUAAAAGCCUCCUGCAUCAAAAUUUGCAUCCCUGAAAGAGUUCAGCACACCAAAGUAUGCAAAUAGAAGCUGGCUUUAUAAUCUUGAGGAAAAUAGGGCCAUAUUCGGUAUUUGCCCCCUGUGAUUUUUAGGAUCCUCGACCUCUUUUCUAACAAAACUCUGACAGGGUGAACACGAAGAUUUGAGAAAAUAGCGUAGUGCCUGAAAGCAGGAAGGGGGGGACUCUCGCUGGUUGGCUUUCUAUGCCUGUGGUUUCAUGGCAUUGGAUCAGCAAUUAGACUUAGGAAAAAUACGCAGGUAAUGUAAGAGUAGGAGCUGGAUUUUAGGCCUGAAUGGGAAACCUGACGGACGUCUCUUUGGGGGACCUGGGGCUUUACGUUAGCUUUAGCUAAUGCGUUUCGUUAUUCUGGAGCACGACACAAGUUUGUAGCUAUUUCAGAAGACUGGACCUCUGGCUCUUCACUACCUCAGACCACGCGUCUGCUCACUUAUCUACCUUCUACCCAUUUUCCGUCUCCUGACUCGUGAGGGCAAAACGUAGCAGAAAGGAGAAGCGGAGGAACGUUUGGAUGGGGGACUUUGGAGGCGGCGGCGGGGGAGCUCGGGGACAGCGGGGCGCCUGGCUGCCUCUUCCCGCUUGGGGACAGCGCGGGGCUGCACUCCCCACGCAGCAUUCCCGGGGGGCUCCGCGGGCGCGAAGCGGCAACGAGGACGAGCGCUACUGCUUAUCACCGUGGGGCUUAUACCCCGUCGGAGGGACUGGGGAGCAGCUCCCGGUCUCUUUUUUCUGCGUGGGUGACCGGAGGGAGAGGCUUGUCGCCCCGUUCGCCGCUAAGGCAGCCAGACGUAUGGGUGUACGGAUAGAAAAGGUGUCUGUCGGAGUCGGGGCAAAUCCCUGGGAAAUGCGAAUGCCGCCGGGGCCCGAACCCUCCGGCACGGCCCGCCGUGCUAAGCGCCGACGGCGCUGGGGAAGUCGGAACGCGGGAGGGGCCGUUUCCAUCCACGUUUCGUGCCAGAGCGUCUCCGGGUGUCGUGCGCGCUUUGCAGCGCCGGCGGGAGGGGAAACUGCUCCCGCUGGCCGGCCCCGAGAGACCCCGAAAUGAAUCUUGUCACUGGGAAGGGCUGGGCGCUGGGCGUCAGGGCGCUCUUUUUGUCCUGAAGAAGCAGAGCCGCUGCUGCGGGGCCGCUCACCCGCGGAGGAGGUCCUCAUCGCCUUCCCAGCCAGGAUCGGGGCGCAUCCCUGGGUGAAAGUUCGGACUCCUCGGGCCGCGGCAUGUACAGCGCCGAGCACUCCGGCAGAGACAGGGGCUGGAGGACCCAGCAGCCUGGGCGCUCAGGGUCCCCUCGAUAUAAGGCUGCGCGUCCUCUCAUUAUGCCCCCGACGGGGGACAUUGCGUGGACCCACGGAGGGCUGGUGGACCAGAUCCCGCAUGCAACACUGCCCUGUCCCCAUCUCCCACUCCAUCUCUAAACCUUUAGCGACUCCUGGUCCCCGUGAAGGAGGCUGCCAGGUAGAUUUUUCGUGUCAUCAUUGGCUCUGGAGGGAAGGCGGUGUGCCCUUUGGAGCCCCCCUCACUGGUUCCUGCCCUCGGGGAAUUGAAAUAACGAAGUGUCAGGCGCUAGUCAUGUAUUUUCUUUGCUGAAGAGUGGUGCGGGGUGGUGUCGUUGUCCUGAGCACGUCGCUAGCCCUCCUGGGGUGCAAGAGGGAGGCGGGUGAGACACCCGGGCAAGACAAAUAUUGAAAGAAAGGCGUUUGCGACACAAGCGGUGCUGGCCCAGGUGAGUUGCCGUGGCCAGGCCUGCGCUGGUACCGGAUCCUGGUUUUCGCAAGUUUCCUUUUCGUAAUGUCUUAAGCAACCAGAGAGGAGACUUCCGGCAGCUCAGGCAGUUCCUUCGGGGACGGUCCGUACUAAUUUCUCGAAGUACAAGACUGGAAUCGUUCAUCUUUAAAACCGUCGUUGCUGCAAGGGCUGAACUCGGCACAGGGCGGGGACCGCUUUUGCCCCUGAGCCGGGCGUCGCACCGAGCGCCGCGGGGAGCGAUGUUUCAUUGCCUUCGCACCCCGGCGCACACGCAGAGUCCCAGCCGUGCCCGGCGAGAAGGAGAAGGGCAGUCUGUACGAGAUGCGUCCCGCGUAUCGCUUAUCUCCCCUGGGGGGCUACACGCAAACUUUCCAAAGAUCUGCUAGGUCUGAAGGAUUUCAAGAGAGGCUCUGAGUCCCCAGUAGUUUGGAAACAGUGGGUUCCCGAAAAAUCCCUCUGCUUCCUUGUGUGCUGCUGCUGUGCCGCCUCCACAGUGUGACAUUCCCUGCCUAGCGCGGCAGGGCUCCCCCCGGAUAUGCAGUACCAAGGUUCGCCAAAGCAAAGUGGGACCAGGGCACACGGUUGCCCGUCCAGCGCCUGGGGAAGGGGGGAAGUCUCCGGGCAUGGGCUCCCCCAGCCUCUCUGAGCACAGACAGUCCUUAGAUCAACAGCGGAGAUCCUACUUCUCCUUCCCUAUCACCUCUUGAAGACUUCAGACCUGGUCCUCGGGAAGAUGCUUCACCAACACACUAACGAUAAAUGCCCUUGUGCCUGUCUCGCCCUCAGGGACAAGGACAAGGGUAGGGACAGGGACAGACUUGUGGUCGAAGAGCUGUUCUGGGAGAAGGCUGGUGGCAGAGGCUUUGAGGGAAAAUAGUCUUUUUCGGGAGGGGUGCUCCCCCUCUGAAUCUGGCAGCGCUUGGUCUGUCUGACCUGGGGAACAUGCUGUAGGCGGGUCGUGGGUCAGCGUCGGAGUGUGUGGAGUGUGUAUCGAGGGGGUGCGGUAGUGACAGGCGCCACUCGACGUAGUUCGCUCAUCGGCUUUGAAUUGCCCGGCUCCAGCCGGAGUGGCACAAGCAAGGAUUCGCCAUCCCAUGGUUGAUGACUCCUUGGGCAUGUAGGAGAGGGAACAGAGCCAGCCCUGUGACAAGGAAAUCCCCCCGAAAUCACCUCAAUGUUGUUAAGAUUUAGUUUUGCUUUCUUCUUUUUUUUUUUUUUUUUUUCGGGUGUUUCGCGAUAAGAGCGACACAGAUCCGAGAGGGUUUAAUGCCUGAGAAAUUUAUACAUGUGUUUCCAGAUAUGACGCCUUCACACAGAGCGCUCGUUCUCGGGCUGCACUCAUCCCGGAUAAGGUCAUGCCAGGCAGGAAGGGAAGGAACUGGCUCAUUUGCUUUCAAAAAAGGAGAUUCUCCAACCUCAGUGUUGCCCGGCAUGCCCGGUCCGCCCAGCCGCGGUCCGCGGGGCAGCGGUGAGGAGGGACGGGGCACACGUCCAGGUGUGCCCUAGCUGAGCCAGCAGCACCAGAUACGUGCUCCUGUCCCCCGGGGUCUGCACAGGACUAGGGGCCGGGCUACUGACGGGUGACAUGGCACAGGGGUGUGGGGACCGCGCUUCGGCUGCGCAGCGCGACUCUGGGACCGGCUGUAGCUGCGCUGGAGGCCCCUGGGGGCCGUGGGGAUGCGGGGGAUCGUGGGCUUCCCCGGGGUCCUCCGCCCCUCCACUCUCCAUGGGGGGUCCCUGCCGUCCCACCAGCGCCUCACUCCCGGCUGCUGCGGAUCCCCCACGCACCUACCCUGCCAGGGCUGAGAGCGCAAAAGAGGGUUCAGGGAAUGCCCGCGGCAUAAGGGCAUAGCGCGGGCCCCUGGCGAGCCCCGGGGCGGGGAAAGGGAAGCCCCACAGUUCCCAUGCACGGUCUGCAAGUGCCGAAGCUGUGUUUGCUCUCCCAGGUGGGUGCCUCGGCUCGGUGGGUCAGAGCUGUUAGGGAGGAGCGGUCCGGGGACGGAAGAUCCCUCCUGCCAAGCUACGGUUGGGAGGACCGAGGGGCUUCCUGUCCGCUGUGCUCCGUGAGGCUCGGAGGGGUCCCCGCCGAGCACCGCUGGAGGAGCUGGAAGGGCGGGUGGGCAACAAGCUGGGCGAGAGCCAGCUGUGUGCCCUGGCCGCACAGGAUGCCAGCAGCAUCUCAAGGUUGCAUGAACACGGUCACAGUUCAGGAGACCGAGGGAAGGGUUAUACCCCACACUCGGCACUCGUGAGACCCUAUCUACGUACUGCGGCCAGUUUUGGGCCACAGAGUACGGUAAAGCGUCGCCUCUCCAUGGGGUGACUCCCUUCGUUUCCGCGUCCCAGAAUGGUGGCAGCGGAACCUCAGGGCCUUCGCACGAAAGGUUCCUCCUUCCCUGCUCGUUUUAUCGCGUGGUCUGUCUGCAGGCAGGACUUUCCAAUAAGUGGCUCUUGCAAAGCUCUUUGUUUCAUCCCGUGACUCACGCGUCUCACUGUCGUUAUCACGGCGUUGUUAGCGGCUUUGAAGUCGAGUCAUUUAUUACUCGCCUGGAGCUGGCCCUGUCUUGCUCUGCUGAUAGAGUGGGAUACGUUUCCACUCGGGGUUUGAUCUCUGCUUGUGCUGGUGGCACACUGGAAAGUCACUUUCGAUAAACCUCGACAGACUUUGCCGGACAAACUAUUGCAGCGCUAAUGACAGAGAUAAUCCUCCUCUAAUCUGCUGGGUAAUCCAUUUCACCCCAGUGAGAAUUUUUAAGGCUUUAAUCAGUGAGAGUCAGUUAGGAAAUUAUUAACAGGGCCACUGCCAAAAGAACUUGUCUUGAGAGGGCAAUGGCAGUGGGAAAAGGAAAAGCGCAACAGGGCCCGAUGUGGUCAAAAUCAACGCACAGCCGGGCACAAGGACUUAUUUUGAUAUUACUGUAGAACUGUCUUCAGCUCAAACGCAGCGAGAAACCCCGCGCCAUCGAUCCAUCCUGCGCCCGCUACGACAGCGGCUCUGCCGCUGGCGGGAGCUGGCGGGCCCGGGAGUCCAGCAAAAGUUCUGGGGGGAGAAGCGCGGGGGUGUCGCCUCCCGCCCUCUGGUCGCUGCUAAUGCGCCCAUUUCGGUCAGCGGCUGGUGCGGAGAAAUGCAGGGGCGGACCGGGGCCUCCUCGCUCGACGUGCGGGGAGCGCCGCUCUGAGCGGCUCCACGGGCUCCGGGCUCGUCCCUGGGCGGCGGGGCCGGACGGGGCCGGGCGGGGGUAACCGUCAGGCCCGCCCGCUCCCCCAGGUCCCCGCCUCGGCGCCGCCCCUCGGCCGGCGGGAGCGUCGCGGUGUCCCCCGACGGGGGGACCGGUCCCCCCCGCAGUCCCCCUCCCCGGCGCACGCUGAUUGGCUGGCGGGGGCGGUCAGCGGCACGCGCCCAGGGAUGUCGUUAUAAGACUCCUCGCGUGCCGGCCCGCCGCGCCAGCCGGCUCCGGCCUCCUCCCCGGAGAGCGGGAAAGCGCCCCGGCCUCCCGGCCACCCAGGGGCAGGGAGGGCAGGGCAGGGGCGGGGGCUCCGUCGCCGCCGGGGCGGCUCGGCGAGCGAGCCGGCGGGAGCGGCUGGAAGUGCGUCCCGGCGGGGUUGUCCCCCGCCCCGUCCCACCCCGUCCCGUCUCGUCCUCACCGGGACCGGGCGCAGCAUGGAGACCGUGCUGCUGGAGCACUUCCCCGGGGCGCUGGAUGCCUUCUCCUCGCCCCCCUACUUCGACGAGGAGGACUUCUUUCGCGAGCCGCCCCCGCGAGACGCGCUGGCCGCCGACGGGCUGCUGGAGACGGACGUGGAUUUCCUCAGCCGGCAGCUGCAGGAGUACUACCGCGACGGCGGCGAUCCCGAGGGCGGGUACCGUUGCCCGGCGCCGUCCGCCACCUUCCCGCCGUCGCCCUCCUCUCCCGGAUUCGCCUACGAGUGCUGCGGGGCGGCGGGCGCGGCGCUGCUGUCCCCCGGGGGGCGGCUCCAGGCGCUGGGCUCGGCCAAGCGGCGGCGGCGGGUGCGCUCCGAGGCGGAGCUGCAGCAGCUCCGGCAGGCCGCCAACGUGCGGGAGCGGCGGCGGAUGCAGUCCAUCAACGACGCCUUCGAGGGGCUGCGCUCGCACAUCCCCACCCUACCCUACGAGAAGCGGCUCUCCAAGGUGGACACGCUCCGCCUGGCCAUCGGCUACAUCAACUUCCUCAGCGAGCUGGUGCAGUCCGACCUGCCGCUGCGCAGCGCCAGCAGCGAGAGCCCCAGCCAGCCCAAGAAGAUCAUCAUCUGCCAUCGCGGCACAAGAUCUCCCUCCCCGAGCGACCCCGACUACGGACUCCCCCCUCUGGCCGGUCACUCACUGUCGUGGACUGAUGAAAAGCAACUCAAGGAACAAAACAUCAUCCGGACAGCCAAAGUGUGGACACCCGAGGACCCGCGGAAGGUGAACAACAAACCGUCCCUCAAUGACAUCGAGAAUGAGCCCCCCUUCGACUUCAUGGCAUGAGGUGCCGCGCGGGUGGCCCUCGCCCCUCCCUGUACAUGCUGUAUGUAGAGACCUAUAUUGUAAAUGUAUAUUAAGAUCCAGACUCUAAGGGCAAUCAAGUUUAUUUAUCUAUUUAUUAUGGAGUAGUAAUAAUGAGGUAGAAUCGUCUGUUUUUAAUGUAUAAUUUAUAUAAUUUAUCCUGAUUUUUUAAAAUGCAAUAGGUUUAUUCCGCCAGCACCUUUUUUGGGGAAAAAAAAUGCCAGAACCUGGGAAAAUAAUUUAUUACUGCACGUGGACUCUUCCUGCGUUUGUUAAUAAUAAACCCGGAUUGUAACUUG